AAAACUAAAUCAGCUGAGCGUGUAGGCCUAAAUCUGGGUGUGUCUCAGGCAUUAUCAGGUUCGCUCCUCCCAUCAUGGAAAUAUAUUUCUAAUUUGGUUGAACAAACACCUUCAGAAACCACUUAAUAUAAACAGUAGUUAAUAAUACCAAACCUGAGCACAAGUUAAAGUUUGGUAGGAUGCAGUUUGACUCGGCCAUUUUAUAUCCUGAAGCUUCCAUCUUCUAGCCCUCUGUCAGCGGUAAUUAGUGGAAGUGCCAUCACCUGGAAGUUAGGGAGGCAGCAUCUGUCUGAGGAAGCUUUACUGCUCAGAUGGCUUCCAGGUUUGGCCAGAAGAGAGCUGGAAGACGCCAGGAGUGCUCAGACUCAUAUCUGCUUAGGGAUCCCAGCCCCAGCCCUCUGAAUGAGGUGUCUCACAGCGCCUCCUUGUGGGCUGACAGGGAGGAGCACAGAGAGCAAGGAGACUCCCUCAGAGAUCAACUAAAGGAGAUGGAUGGGCAUGUGGCCAGGCUCCAGGACAUGCUGAGGUGUGAGCGUGCCAAAUGCACCCGUCUGCAGCUGCGCUGUAACCAGCUGGAGGCAGAACUGAGGCGUCGAGAGCAGCACAGCAACAGACUGAAGGAGCGACUGUCGCAGCUCACUGACAGACACAGGGAGAAAGGACCCUCCAUAGAGGUGUUGAACUUUCUACCUGGGGGCCAAAGCAAAAGAGAACAGCCAAUCAAAUCAUUCAGGUCUACUGCAAAACGAGAAGAAGCAACACUACGUCUGAUGCUGGAACGCAGAGAAGCAGAGCUCAGAGAGGCGAUGAAACUGCGCCACAGCCUCACCACUUUACUUCAUGCACUCAGAGUCGACAUGGAGCAGACCCUGUCAGACUCGGUGGACAUUCAGGAUGAGGCCCAAAAUGAAGACAAAAUGCUGGAUCAAGCUGAGGUGAGGCUUGGAGACCAUGUGACAGGAGGUGUUGUCCAGAGUUGGAGGAAGGUGCAGAGGAUACUCGGGGACCUUCUAUCUGAAGGUCCCACCGGUGUUGGUACUGACCAUGACAAGCUCUUGGCUCAACUAGAAACUGAACUGAAAGAGAGUCAAGAGCUUGUCAGAUUACAACAACAACUGCUGCAGGAUAGCCUUGCCUCACCUGUCCCCCCUGAACUGGCUGAUUCUUACUUUUUGGAAGAGUGGGAACGUCUUCAGGUGCGGUGGGCAGAGCUGGAUCAUCAGAGGAGGACUUUUGAAAGGGAGAGGCAGUCCUUCACCGCCGCUGCCAUCCGACUAAGCCGUGAGCGCCGUGAUUUUGAGCAACAGAGGGGCUCUCUCGUGAAGCAGCAGUAUUUGUGCGACUCACCUCUGUUUGGUAAAGGAGCACCAAGCGGCAACAGAAGAGAGAGCACUGCUACCAGUGAGUAUGCAUAUUUCUCAGGUUUGGGUCCCACCAGCAUAUCUGGCUGUCUUCCCAUUACUCCAUCGUCUACCGAGUCAGGGACAGCUGCUCCUUUUGCAUUACAUCAGGGAAGAGUUCGAGUUCAAACUCCCAGCACUCCCGAGCUCUACGCUGCCCUCAAUCUAUCAUACAACUGCAGAGCCACAGAGGCUGAUAACCAGUCAGAGACAUGGGACAGCGGGGCAGACAGGAGAGUGCACACACCACAGGCUCCACACUUGGACUGGUCAUUUUAAUAGUUUUUGUCGUUACAGUAGAAAGCCAUUGAAAAGCAUACUGUACCUUUAUUUUCGCUUUAAAAUAAUCAUUAAAGACUGCAUAUAUUUUUA